GUCAACCUUGAUGUGCGCCUCCUGAUUGCCCGUAGUUUCGGCGCCAAGACGUUUCAAAUGCGCGAAGGAGCACAGGGACAGGAUAACAGAGGCUAGCUGGUUCGAGGGAACAAUAGCUGAAUGAAGAGGCAAGCGUAGGCCAUUAAGGUUGAGUGAAGAAGCGCAAGAUAUCGUGAAAUUGGAUUGCGUAUUGCGCGACCACAGUGAUGACUGAUCGAGGUUCCCAGCACGCUCACUUUCAGUUCCAAUCCGCAAGGCGCUGUACGCGAUCAUGAGCGUAAACACGAAGACGCUGGAUCAUAUCGUACACCUCUCACCACCAGGGACCGUCCAUGAAAACGCAGCCCAGUGGCGCGAACUGGGCUUCAACGUCAUCGAGGGAGGUGUUCACGCGGACGGUCUGACCGAAAACACGCUCGUGAUACUGAGCGAUCACAUCUACUUCGAGCUGAUCGCAUUCACCAAGCCCGUCGACGCCUAUCCGCCUGGGUCCCCGAUCCGAAAGGCGCGUGAAGAGCACAAAUGGGCCUCCUGCCCACCAGGGUGGAUAGACUACGCCUUCCUGGGCAACGGGUCGCUCGUCCCGCCGGGACGUAUCUCGGAUGUGAUCAACAGCAGGGCAGGGGGAGAGAAGCUGUAUGUGGAUGAGGUUCCCGGAGGUCGCACGCGGCCAGACGGACAGGUGCUCGAAUGGGUGAUCAGCUCGGCUGCGAAGAAGGCGAGCUUGCUUCCGUUCUUUUGCGGCGAUGUCACAGACAGAGCACUGAGAGUACCUACCAAACCGGAGAGCAAUACGCAGCAGCCAUGUGGGGCACAAGGAAUUGCCCAUAUCCUGCUGCUCACCGACUCCGAGCCCAAGUUCUGGCAGGCACUGAAAGAGAUCAGCGCGGUAGUUGACUCCCAGCCGCAAACAGGCCAUGCGACGAAGGCGACAUGGACGCUGGCAAACCCUUCCGCGCAAGGCAAGAGUGCGCCGAGUCUGAUCCUGGCGGUGGCUCGAGGUGUUGAGCAGGAGGCUUUUAUUGCCGGUAGCUCGGCUCCACGGCUGUUCGAGGUUGGGCUUUGGGUAGCGGAGGGCGAGAAGGCUAAGACCAUCUGGCCGCCCUACGCGAGGAUCGUCUUGGUACCUCAGUGAAAUCGAGUUUCAUAUUCGGUAAUACUGUGUUGGUGAUACGAUUAAACGCAUAGUCAUGUAGAACGUAAGUGUAUACUGUUCAAUCCAGUCUAUUACACGACGAGAAAAGCCCGGUAUCUGAUCUUGCCUUCCCUCAGCCGAGACAUGCCCUCCUCAACACCUUGCUUCGUCAUCGGAGAUUUCUCGAUCAUCGGCUCGAUUUGGUUGCGUGCGGCGAAAUCGACCAUGCGGCGGUGGACUGAGCGGGCAGCGACGGUCGAGCCCUGGAUGUCGAGUCCGCCCAAGAUGAGGGGAAGACUGGGGAUGGAAAAGUUGUCCUGGCUGACCGUAAGCGGGUAGAUCGUGCCUUUCCGCUUCAUCACAACCAGGUAGGGAGCCCCAGGAUGGGAUGAAGCUGGUCGUCACGAUCAAGUGGUCCAGCGGCCGCAUGCUCUUGAAUUGGGUCAGAGCCUGGGUCCCGUGGAAUUCCGACGCCCCCAACCGCGCUGCCUCCUCUCGUUUCGACCCCAAGCUUGAGAAAAUCACAACCUCCGCACCCAUCUUCGCGGCGAACAUGACCGCCAGGUGUGCCAGUCCGCCGAUCCCGACGACGCCGACACGCUGGGUGGUCCGGAUCUUGUAGCUCUCGAUCACCUCGAAUACAGUCGCUCCGCCGCACAUCAGGGGGCAGCGU